AUGGAAGCUGCCCAAAAGGCCAAGGAAGAAGCCGAAGCCGAGGCGGCCAGGAAGGCAGCUGAGGAAGCCGAAUGGCGGAAGAAGCUCGAGGCUGAGGCGAAGCUGAAGGCAGAGAUCGAGGCGCGUGAGAAGCUUGAAGCUGAGCGCAAGGCGGCUGAGGAAGCCAAGGCGGCCGAAGAGGCGGCGAAGAAGGAGCAGGAAGCGCUGAAGAAGAGGCUCCUUGAGGAAGCCAAGGCCAAAGUCGAGGAGGCUGCGCAGAAGAAGGAGAAGCCGCCCAUCAAGUUCAAGGAUGCGGUCGGCCGGAAGUUCAGCUUCCCGUUCCACCUGUGCCAGACUUGGCAGGGCAUGGAGGAACUCAUCAAACAAGCGUUCCUGCAUGUGGAUGUCAUUGGGCCGCAUGUCCAGGAAGGCCACUACGACCUGAUCGGACCUGACGGCGAGAUCAUCCUUCCCGCCGUCUGGGAAAAGGUCAUCCAGCCC